AUGGAGCCGGAGGAGAAAAACCCAGACCCCAAAUACGGGGAGGCCCGGAAGUUCGACCCAAACUUUAAAGGGCCAAUCCACAACAGGGGCUGCACGGAUAUCCUCUGCUGCCUUCUCUUUACUGUGGCCUUGGUUGGGUACUUUGGCGUGGGAAUCCUUGCCUGGUCUCAGGGUGACCCCAGAAAAGUGAUUUAUCCCACAGACAGUAGGGGGCAGUUCUGUGGACAGGCUGGAACUCCUCUUGCAAAGAAGCCUCUGCUUUUCUACUUCAACAUCCUGAAAUGUGCCAGUCCUCUGGUCCUGCUGGAGUUCCAGUGUCCCACCACACAGCUCUGUGUGGAGAAGUGUCCUAACAAGUAUCUGACGUUGGUGAAGGCCAAGCUGGGCACCAAAGAAGACCAUGAGUACUACAAAAGAUACUGCAGGGAGGGAACUGACUUCACCGCGCUGAGCCCUCCUGAGAUCCUGAAAGACGGCCUUUGUCCUGCCAUGCUGAUGCCGAGUAAACCAUUCACGCGCCGCUGCCUCCCGGACCUGGGAACCCUGAAUGGUGGGGUGGUGGUGGUGGGCAACGAGACCGUUUUUGACGACGGAGAAGGAGUCAUGGUCAACGCCUCCGAGGUGCUGGAGGCAUCAAAGAUGUCAAACAUGGCUGUUGAAGCUCGUCAGAUCGCUAUGAGAAUCUUUGAGGACUACACUCGGUCUUGGCCCUGGAUAUUAGCUGGUUUGGUGAUCGCCAUGGUUGUUAGCUUGAUUUUCAUCGUUCUGCUGCGAUACUUGGCUGGAGUCAUGGUCUGGGUCAUGAUCAUUUUGGUUAUUCUUGUCAUCGGAUACGGGAUUUUCCACUGCUACAUGGAGUUUUCCAGCCUGAAAGGCGAGCCUGGUGCAAACGUCACCAUCCGGGACCUCGGCCUGCAGACGGACUUCUCCGUCUACCUGCAGAUCCGACAGACCUGGCUGGCCUUCAUGAUCAUAUUGGCCGUUGUGGAAGUCGUCAUCAUCCUCCUGCUCAUCUUCCUCAGGAAGAGGAUCCUGAUCGCCAUCGCUCUCAUCAAAGAGGCCAGCAGAGCCAUCGGCCAUGUGAUCUCCUCGCUCUUCUACCCCGUGCUGACCUUCCUCCUUCUGGCCGUGGUCAUCGCCUACUGGGCCAUUACAGCCGUUUUCUUGGCUACGUCCAAUGACCAGAUAUACAAAGUGUUCAACAACUCUGACUGUCCGUACUCACGACUCAACUGCGAUCCGAAGACAUUCAACUCUACUAAUAUUUCGGCUGAAUGUCCAGAUGCGGAGUGCCUCUUUGCUUUCUACGGCGGAGAGACGCUUUACCACAAAUACCUCAUCGUGUUUCAGUUUUACAAUAUCUUCCUCUUCUUCUGGUGCGCCAACUUUGUGACGGCCCUGGGCCAGGUUACUCUGGCCGGGGCGUUUGCAUCGUAUUACUGGGCCUUCAAGAAGCCAAAUGACAUCCCAGCUUUUCCUAUUUUCGCCUCUCUGGGACGCGCCCUCAGAUAUCACACCGGCUCCCUGGCAUUUGGCUCUCUGAUUCUGGCUUUGGUCCAAGUUAUCAGGGUUAUUCUCGAAUAUCUGGAUCACAAGUUGAAAGGUGCUCAGAACAAGUUUGCAAAGUUUCUGCUGAAGUGCCUGAAGUGCUGCUUCUGGUGCCUGGAGAAAUGUAUUAAGUUCCUGAACAGAAACGCCUACAUCAUGAUCGCCAUCUAUGGAAAGAAUUUCUGCACCUCUGCACGAGAUGCUUUCUUUCUUCUCAUGAGGAACAUUUUGAGGGUGGCUGUUUUGGACAAAGUGACUGACUUCCUGCUGUUUCUUGGGAAGCUCCUUAUCGUUGGCAUUGUGGGGAUUUUCUCUUUCUUCUUCUUCUCUGGAAGAAUAAAUGCUAUUCAGGAGGCUGCGCCACCAUCACUCAACUACUAUUGGGUGCCUAUAAUGACUGUGGUAGUGGGCUCCUACAUGAUUGCCCACGGCUUCUUCAGCGUGUACGGCAUGUGUGUGGACACAUUGUUCCUCUGCUUCUGUGAGGACUUGGAAAGAAAUGACGGUUCUGCCGAGAGGCCGUACUUCAUGUCCCCCGAGCUGCACGAGAUCCUCUCCAAGGCGGUGAGGGCGGAGGAAGAGUGCGACGGCGUGGAGCAGGCGGACGCCGAGAAACCAGAGGACAAGGAGAAAGUGGAGGAGGAAACGCCUCUGCAGCAGCAGGAGGACGGAGAGAUCGAGCUGAAGCAGCAGACGAUCUUAAAGCAGGACAACGAGGAAGCGGUCCCCCUGCAGUCCAAGGCGGAGGCCGAGGAGUCGACGGAGGAGAAGACGGAGGAACAAAAAGUCAGCCAGGAGGAGGAGACUGAGAAGAAAGAAGAACCUGAGGUGAAAGAAGCAGCAGAAAAGCAGGAGUCGAACCCAGAGGAAAAGACAGAGGAGGUCCCAGCUGCUCCAGCUGCUCAAGCUGCUGUUGAUGAGGUUGAGAAGGAGCAGAUUCCUGAAAAGAAGGAUGAAAGCGAGGAGUCCAAGGGAGACGAUCCUCCCCCGGCUCCACAGGAGUAA